AUGGGUUUGCCGCAGAUUGUUUCAAAUGAGGAAGCUCAUGAAGCUUUGUCGUCUGCUUCAAGUUGCAGUCUUUCUCAAAGUCUGCCGGUAAAUGCCACUUCAGGUGAUUUUGACGGUAUUAACAGAGAUAGCGAGGGAACAUUGGAAUCUUCGGAGUUUAGAGAUGAUCCGUGGAGAUAUAAUCAUGGCACUCGGCUUGUUACCUCAUUAUGUGCUCACGAACCAAGUUAUGCCAAGGAUAAGGUUAAUUGGAGUAGGACUGAAGUUAGAAGGAUAGUUGGUUUCAAAUCUAGUGAAACUAGCUCACCGAGUAAUGAAUACACAAGUAUCARUGUUAAUCGCACUAGUGGAUCAAGUGAAGUAGAUAUUACUGGUGGAUCGUUAGUCAGGAAACGGGUAAGCUCUCCUCUGAAUACGCUUUUCCCCGAGAAAUUUAGAGGCGACACGCUUGAUAUCAGCUGCAGCAACCAACAAAUGACUUCUGCCAGUCUUUCUAAUGGAUUCUACAUUCCCAUUGCACAAGAUCACAAAAAGGCCAAUAUAUCCGAUAGACUACAUCUCUCUACCAUGUCUACAACCACUUCUACUUGCCGUGAAUGGGGAAGUGAUUCGUCACACAGGAGUAAACUUUCAUCUAUCUUUUUCACGGAUGGUCCAUUGCUCGACUCCAAUGAUCUGCAGCACACAAAAGGUGUAGCUUGCUUAUAUUCACCAGUACCCGCUAAGCCGUUACCAUGCUACAAGAAUAUAUCUGUCUCUCCGCCACUUUCUCUGUCACCUCUUGGCCCGAGAUUUUCCGAGAGAAUAAAAGCUCUACGAGGGGGCGUAGAUGGGAAGAUUUUCGAAGAUGGUGUUUGUGUAAGGAAUAUCGGUGAAGAAGCAGAACUCCGGACUGGUCAUAGAUUGUUUGAUGAUGCUAAUGGUAUCCAGAGAGCAUUUUCUAUGGAUAGAGCUAUUGAAUCAAUUCCUACAUGUCCAUGUAAUAGGUUCAGUAGAAGCUUGAGUGGACGUCCCAUUCGAAGGUCAUUGAUUGGUUCUUUUGAAGAAUCCCUCUUGUCAGGAAGAUUAUCAUAUGGGCAAACGAAUCAGAAUAUCGACGGGUUUCUUGCAAUUCUUAGUAUUGCUGGUGGAAACAUCUCUCCAAAAUCACAGAAGCUUCCAUUCUCAGUAACAAGUGUUGGUGAUGAUUGCUUCUUACUAUACUAUGCCUCCAUAGAUCUCUCUGGAGGAGCUUUGCCAAACAAAUUAUGGGGUCAGAAAAUGAAAACGAAUCAAAACAACUCUGAUCCUCAGACCAUUAAUAGUCGGUUGCGGAUCCCUAUGAAGGGUCGGAUUCAACUGGUUUUGAGUAACCCUGAAAAGACACCUCUUCACACUUUCCUCUGUAACUAUGACUUAACUGAUAUGCCACUCGGUACAAAGACUUUCCUGAGGCAAAAGGUUACUCUGGCCUCUUCUGUUCCGACAAAAGCCAAAAACUCCAUAGAUCCAGACCAAGUUCUUGCAACUAAAUCAAGGAAAGGAUCUGAUUCAGUUGAUGAAUUACAUUCGCCGAGUGAGUGCGAGAACAAGAAAUGCCGUGAGACUUACAAAGAAACAAGAGAAUGCUGUUCGAAAUCUGCAGUUUUACGAUACGCCCUUCAUCUGAAAUUUCUCUGCCCUUCACGCAAGAAAGCUUCAAAAAUAGGUCAGAAGAAAAACUUGAAUGAUGAUGAAGAGAGGAGAUUCUAUUUAUACAAUGACUUGAGAGUUGUGUUUCCUCAAAGACACACAGAUUCUGAUGAAGGAAAGUUGAAUGUGGAGUAUCAUUACCCAGAGAAUCCAAGAUACUUCGACGUAACCAAUUAA